AUAGCAGAUUUUCCUGCGGUUCGUAUUUGCGACGGCCGUCGGAUAUACUGCCGAAAGAGUUCCAGACAGUGUGCAAGACGAAAACCAUAAGCUAUAUGUGCAUGCGUUUGCGCGAGGGUGCGCUGCUUCAGGCGUGAGCGGCGAUGGGCGAGAUCGAGGGCACCUACCGCACCCUGCAGACUCCUGGUACCAGGUUGGGGGCCCAGUUCAACGCCGGCAUCAGCACCCUGGAGCCCGGCCAGAGCCUGAGCACCGCCAUGGGAAGUGGGGGCAAAGCUCACAGCCGCGGGCUGCAGCUGCGCGUGCUCGGCCUGGACGACGCCCAGGAGUUCUACGACCUGGAGACUAAGGCUGAUGGACAGGCCCUCCUGACUGAAGUCUACCGCCGGUGCAAUCUCAUUGAGAGUGAUUACUUUGGCCUGGAGUUUCAGAACAUGCAGAUGAAUUGGGUAUGGCUGGAGCCGACUAAGCUCGUUGUCAAGCAAGUGAGAAGGCCCGUGAACACACUCUUUAGACUCUCAGUGAAGUUCUUUCCCCCAGACCCUGGCCAGCUACAGGAGGAGUACACCAGGUACCUGUUCUCUCUGCAGAUGAAGAGGGAUCUGAUAGAAGGGAGGCUCACCUGCACAGAGAACACUGGCGCCCUUCUGGCCUCUCACCUGGUGCAGUCGGAGAUUGGCGACUAUGACGACGUCGCGGACCGAGAGUACCUGAAGAUGAACAAGCUGCUGCCCUAUCAGGAGCGUGUGCAGGAGAAGAUCAUGGAGCUGCACCGGCGACACCUUGGUCAGACUCCAGCGGAGUCGGACUUCCAGGUGCUGGAGAUUGCCAGGAAGCUGGAGAUGUACGGCGUUCGGUUCCAUCCAGCGGCCGACCGCGAGGGCACCAAGAUCAACCUGUCCGUAGCCCACAUGGGCCUGCAGGUGUUCCAGGGCAUCACGAAAAUUAACACCUUCAACUGGUCAAAGAUCCGUAAACUGAGCUUCAAGAGGAAGCGGUUCCUCAUUAAACUCCAUCCCGAAGUACAUGGCCCUCACCAGGACACGCUAGAGUUCCUGAUGGCCAGUAGGGACCAGUGUAAGAUCUUCUGGAAGAACUGUGUGGAGCACCACUCCUUCUUCCGCCUAUACGACCAGCCACAGCCCAAGGCCAAAGCCAUCCUCUUCAGCCGAGGAUCCUCCUUCAGAUACAGUGGCCGCACUCAGAAGCAACUGGUGGAGUAUGUGAGAGACAGCGGUGCACGAAGGACUCCAUACCAGAGGAGGAAUAGCAAGAUUCGCAUGUCUGCCCGCUCCCUGGCAGCUGAUUUCCCUAAACAGAGCCUGUCCUUCAACGACAGCCUGCGGCUCCCCGGCUCGCCUGCUUCGGCCACCGUCUCCUUCCACUCCCUGCCGACCAGCGGAGGCUCUCCCCUGCGCGUGGACCACCAGACUCAGCUGCAGCAGACGCACCACAGCCAGUCCGCCUUCGCGCAGGGCCAGCAGCUCCAGUUCCAGCAGCAGCAGCCUGCCCGGCCCCCCAGCCCCCCGAAGGAGGACCCGGUCAAGGCCGCCACCUCGCCCCCGUCCCACUACGCCUUCCAAGAUUCUUCCACCAUGGACAGCCCCCUGCUCUCGCCCUUCAGCCCCAAGGGUCCCCUCUGCAUGUCGCCCUCCUUCCAGAUGUCCACACUGAGUCUACCCGGCCAGGCGCCCUCGCCCUUGCAGAGCCCCAUCCUAAGCGAGGUGGGCAGUGCCAGGCUAGACGAGGAGGAUGAGGGCAGGAGGAAGAGAUAUCCCACUGAUAAGGCCUACUUCAUUGCCAAAGAGAUUCUGACCACAGAGAGAACCUACCUGAAAGACCUGGAGGUCAUCACCGUGUGGUUCCGCAGUGCUGUGAUCAAAGAGAACGCCAUGCCCGAGGGCCUCAUGACUCUGCUCUUCUCCAACAUCGACCCCAUCUACGAGUUCCACCGGGGCUUCCUCAAGGAGAUCGACCAGAGGCUGGCGCUCUGGGAAGGGCGCUCAAACGCACACGUGAAGGGCGACUACCAGAGAAUCGGAGAUGUCAUGCUGAGGAACAUGAGUGCAUUGAAGGAGUUCACCAGCUACCUGCAGAAGCACGACGAGGUGCUGACUGAGCUGGAGAAGGCCACCAAGCGUCUGAAGAAGCUGGAGACGGUCUACAAGGAGUUUGAGCUCCAGAAGGUGUGCUACCUGCCGCUCAACACCUUCCUGCUCAAGCCCAUCCAGCGUCUCAUGCACUACAAGCUCAUCCUGGAGCGACUGUGCAAGCACUACACCCCCGAGCACCGCGACCACGACGACUGCAAGGAAGCGUUGAAGGAUGUGGCUGAGAUUGCAGCCCAGCUUCAGAGCAGUCUCAUCCGGCUGGAGAACUUCCAGAAGCUCACAGAGCUGCAGAGAGACCUGAUCGGCAUCGAGAAUCUCACAGCCCCUGGCAGGGAGUUCAUUCGUGAGGGGUGUCUGUACAAGCUCACAAAGAAAGGCCUGCAACAGAGGAUGUUCUUCCUGUUCUCUGACAUGCUCCUAUACACCAGUAAAGGGGUGACGGCCACCAACCAGUUCAAAGUGCACGGCCAGCUGCCUCUGCAUGGCAUGAUUCUCAUUGUGUUGGAUGCGCCGGCUGAAGAGAGUGAGAACGAGUGGUCAGUGCCCCACUGCUUCACCAUCUACUCGGCCCAGAGGACCAUAGUGGUGGCGGCCAGUUCCAAAGUGGAGAUGAACAAGUGGAUUGAGGACCUGAACAUGGCGAUCGACAUGGCUAAGAAAUCUCAGGAGAAAUCGGACCUCUUCCUGGAGUCUGGCUUAUCGGAUCGCUCUAACAGGUCAUCCGAUGAGGUGUCUCUGGAGCAGGAGUCGGAGGAUGACAUGAACUCCUCCCAUAGCUCUCUGGAUAAGCAGACCCACCACCGUGCCAACACCACCAUGCACGUGUGCUGGCACCGCAACACCAGCGUGUCCAUGUCUGACCACAGCUUGGCCGUGGAGGUACCCCUCCCUGCCCUCCCCCGCCUUCUUCUGACCAUCUUCAGCUCUCCGGCUGUCUCUCCGGAGCUCCCCCCUCGCUACCUCUUGGGGCAGGGCCAGAGACCCAACACCAUCACUCACGUGUGCUGGUACCGCAACCAGAACCUCUCGCUCAACGAUUACCUGCGCAUGACCCAGAACCAGCUCUCUGGCUACCUCUUGAGGAAAUUCAAGAACAGCAAUGGAUGGCAGAAGCUUUGGGUGGUGUUCACCAACUUCUGCCUCUUCUUUUAUAAGACACACCAGGAUGACUUCCCACUGGCCAGUCUCCCGUUGCUAGGUUACACAGUCAGCACCCCUGGGGAGACUGACAGCAUCCACAAAGAGUAUGUCUUCAAGCUGCAGUUCAAGUCCCACGUCUACUUUUUCCGGGCAGAGAGCGAAUACACUUUUGAAAGGUGGAUGGAGGUGAUCAAGAGUGCGGCCAGUUCCACGGGCAGGAUGAGCCUCCUGAUCCCCAAGGGCCCGACGGAGAUGAACGGAAACUAAACAGAGCAGACUGGAGCUGAGCUUCUGGAGCUAGGGGCUGGGCCCCGCAGACUCCCAGGAGAACCUGUUGUUGUUGUUUUUGUUGUUGUUGUUUAUGAUUAUUGGUUAAAUUCCUGCUCCUACUUAUGGCUUUUUUUUUUUUUUUUUUUUUUGGCUCAUUUACUGUUGAUUGAUGUGAGGGGUAGGCUUCAGAGCACAGGAAUUGGGAGAAGAGUGGACUGCAUGAAACCGGCAGAACGUUCUCUCUUCACACUCUCCAUUUGUAUUUCUCUCUUUCUCUUGUCUUUGAUCUAGUCUUGUCCUUUUUCUGUCCCCAUCAUAGCCCGUUAGCCACCGCACAGCCAGGUUCCUGGACUGUACCAGAAUGGUUGUCACUGUCCUGGUUACCCACUUCCAUGAGAAAUGCUGCCUCUGUGUUUCUGCUAAAGAGGCUAAAUCUAUCAGUUGGCCUUUAAAAGCUAUUAGGAAGGUUUCAACAUAUCCAAAGAUAUAACUUUAAACUGAGAUUAAUUAAUAAAUAGGCAGCCAACUGAUCCAUGUUUUGGUUGUUUGUCAAUGUUCGCUAAUCUCAAGCAGAGAUCCAAUUGGGGUAUCUCUGUGGCUGUAAAAAGGGUUGUUAAGGAAAGUUGUUUCUUGAACAAGGAUUAGAAUGUCCUGGGAUGUUGAGCCUUUUUUUAUUGUCAUGCUCAGUGUUAGAGGGGGAAUUAGCAGUUGCUUUAUGCAGUGGUGGCUGUAUUAACUUCUCCUUUUACCUUUUAUUACUAUCUAGAUGUGAGUAACUUGCUCGAGCAGAGCCAGGUAUAGUGCGAAUACAAAGGCACUUCCUGGGGAGAUGAAGGACUUGGCACUAAGGAACACUUGAAGGGGACUGUGAAGUGAAUGAUGGAAGGGACACCUUAAAGGGUGUUCUGUGGCUGGGUUGAUGCACUCAGAUAGUACAAUGGGUGUCUGAUUGUCGGUCAGGGAACAGGGCAUAGAAGGUACUAGAAAGACGACUUGGUCCAGAACUAGAUGCAAGACUUUGGACAAUGAACUCCAGGCUAGUUUGGCAUGUUGAUAAAGAUGCCUAACAGUGUACAGUCUCUCAUCUCCUUAGAGCUUGAAAAAUAAGUCUACGGUGCUCUUUGUAAGACCUCAGAAAGUUUAUGAGCCAGCUCCAGACCAGAAGCCUAUAGAGGUUUUUGGAUUGUAGCAAGUCACCAAUGGUGCUCUGUGUUCCAUAACACUCUGAACACCUGACACCUCUGCACACCUUCUGUGAAAUAUGGUGAUCUGUGCAACUUGGGCAAUAUUUCUGUCAUUGCUUUCCAAAGUCAGGAUUAGAAAAUAUUUUAGGGGAAAGGUUUGAUAUGUUUAACUUUUUAACUGUUACUGUUUGGGCCCACCUCUUGAUGUGGAAUUAAAGGGAUAUUGAUGGAAUGUGUUUUUAUAUAUUAUUUAGAUAUUUAACACAUUCAUGUAUCAUAUGUCUGACAUAUUUUAACACAGGGGCAUUGUAAUACUCUUGUUUGGAGCUGUGUAAUCCUAGCGAUGAUGGGAUAAUUGUAUUAUUGGGGUACGAAGUUGAAUGGUUUAAGCAUUAGGAGGCUGUCUAGCAAUAUUCCUUAGUGCCUCCAGGGGCACUGUCAUAACAGUAUUCAGUUGUUUUUCUUCAUCCCCGAUGCAUUUCAGCUAUUUCAGUAACUGUUUUGAAGCCAGUCUUUGUUAUUUCAGUUCCAUUUCUGUCUCGUAAUGUCUUGCCUUGGUAUAUGGACUCGGUACGUUGUAAAAGGACAAAAUGUCCUGGGCAAGAGUGAAGCCACAGUUUCUGUUACUUUGAGACGUUACUUUUGGUGUGGUCAGCCUGUCCACGCUGGGAUACAAACAGGUUUACGUCUUAAUUUUAUUUAGCUUUUUUCCCGUAAAGGAAGAAACCGACUGAAUCCAUUUUAGUCCUGUUAAAAAAAAAAAAGGUUUUAUGUAGGUGACGGUCAAUCUGUUUCAGUAUAUUUUGUAUAUUCAGCUGUAUGGCAGUGUUUGAAGGUGAAGCUUAGCCUUCUUCAUUGGCUGACAUUUCUAUAUAUUUAACCCUGUGCAUAAUGGUACUGGUCACUGUAGGUCUGACUUUCCUGCAUCUACAGCGGGCAUUAGAGAGAGAGAGAGAGAGUGUGUGUGUGUGUGUGUGUGUGCGUGCGCAAACGAGGGAAUGCUUUACAUCCUGGUACCACAGGGCCCCCUGUAGUCCUAAAGUGCACUGAGAGGGGCUCGGGCUCUCUUUGUUUUGUACAUUUUGUAUUGAGGACUGGAAUCUCUUGCCUCUCCCUCACUGGCAGAGGAGGGGCAAAACCCCUGCAUUUCAUUUGAUCCCCUUUUCCCGUUAACCCUUUCUGCUUGCUGCCUCACACCACAUGAAUAAGGCCUGUGUGGAAAAACAGGGGCGGAGGCGUCUCCAAGCCCAUCAUCUGAUUUUGUUUAUUUGGAGAACUUACACAGUUGGUUUCCUACAGGCGAAAGCCACAGUAAAGGUGAAGGUGAAGAUGGUUUGGUGAUGGGCAUCCCCCCCCAAUUAGACUUGGCUUGACAGAUCAUCUCUCUGUCAAAGUCCCAUACCCCUGCCUCUCCCCUCAUCCUUGUUGUACACUAUGUUACUUUCUAUUUAUUAUGUAGCAUGUUGCCGGAGUCCUGCUACUCCUGAACACCUUGCAUGUAGUCAUGACCGUGUUAUUGCAUUGAAAGGAUAACAAAAUAAAGUCCAAAACUGGUUA